AUGGGCUGUGAUGCAAAUGCGCAUCACGUUGCAUGGGGGAGCAGCGACAACAAUACUAGGGGUGAGUCCUUAUUAGAAUUUGUAGUUAAAGAAAACCUAGAAAUAUUUAAUGUAGGGAAUGCCCCAACAUUUGUGACUAGGGUUAGAGAGGCGGUACUGGAUAUCACAUUCGGCAGUCCGAAUGUGGGGUUUCUUGUACGCGACUGGAAGGUAUCGGGGGAGGUUUCUAUGUCAGAUCAUAAAAUCAUCCGGUUUUGUCUGGGUGGGUUGAUGGAGAAGAAGUCUUCCUUCAGAAAUCCGAGGCGGACAAACUGGGAGGGAUACAGAAGGGACCUGAAGGCAAAACUGUCGGGUGCCUCGGUUAGAACUGUGGCCAGGCAUCCCCUGGUGUUGGAAAGGGCUGUGGAGGAGCGCGGGGGAAUUAUGGUCGAAGCUUUUGAGUCGAACUGCCCCAUUAGUGUGCCAAGGGAUUUCACAGAUACACCUUGGUGGGCCACGCGAUUAGAAAACCUGAGAGUUGGGGUUAGCAGGCUUUUCAAUAAAGCUAAGCGAGAGGGUACUUGGGAAGAGUAUAAGAUGAACCUGACAGCAAGGAAAUCCGCAGGGCCAAGCGCAGAAGCUUUAGAUCAUUCUGCGGGAGCAUUGCGGAGACGCCGGCGGCUGCGAGGCUGCACAGAGCCCUGGCUAGAGACAGGGUGCCAGUGA